AUGUCUACAGAAACGGAAACUACUAGCAGCAUUGUCUCUAUCGAUGAGCUACAGAACUUCGGAAUCAACGCUUCUGAUAUCACCAAAUUGAAGAGUGCUGGAAUAUUCACUGUUAAUACUGCAUUGUCUACCACCAGGAGAAACUUGUGCAAAGUUAGAGGCUUAUCUGAAGUGAAAGUUGAGAAGAUUAAAGAAGCAGCCAAUAAGAUCAUAACAGUAGGGUUUAUUCCCGCUACGUUACAAUGGCAGAUACGCCAAUCUGUUCUCUCUAUUUCUACAGGAUCAAAACAGUUCGACUCUAUACUAGGUGGCGGGAUCAUGACCAUGUCGAUAACGGAAGUAUUUGGGGAAUUUCGGUGCGGUAAGACGCAAUUAUCGCACACUAUGUGCGUCACUGCACAGCUACCCAAGGAGCUCAACGGUCCUGAAGGAAAGGUAGCUUACAUCGACACCGAAGGGACUUUUAGACCGGAAAGAAUCAAACAGAUCGCGCAAGGUUAUGAUUUGGACCCGGAAGCGUGUCUAGAGAACAUAUCGUACGCCAGAGCACUAAACAGCGAACACCAGAUGGAAUUACUUGAGCAAUUGGGAGAAGAGCUUUCAAGCGGCGAGUACAGGUUGUUGAUAGUUGAUUCAAUAAUGGCUAAUUUCAGAGUUGAUUAUUCUGGACGUGGUGAGCUUAACGAAAGGCAGCAGAAGUUAAAUCAACAUCUUUCACGGUUGAAUAGAGUGGCAGAAGAGAACAACAUAGCAGUUUUCAUGACAAACCAAGUGCAAAGUGAUCCCGGUGCAUCUGCUUUAUUCGCCAGUGCCGAUGGAAGGAAACCUAUUGGAGGGCAUGUCUUAGCGCAUGCUAGUGCUACCAGAAUUUUAUUAAGGAAAGGUAGAGGCGACGAACGUGUCGCUAAGCUACAGGAUUCUCCAGACAUGCCUGAAAAAGAAUGUGUUUAUGUUAUCGGGGAAAGAGGUAUUAUGGACUCAGACGAAUGA